AGAAAAAAAAUUAUAAAACUUAUAAUUAAUUAAACUUCAGAAAUCUCCGUCUCGCCUUAGUCUACUACUUCGUACUGUGAGAUUCAUCGCAGCAACAACAGCACCAUCGUCUUUUCAUCGCGAUCGAUCAUUGUUCCAGAUUCACCUCAAUUUUUAGGAACAUAUCAAAUUAGACAGAAUAUUAUGGCUGGACAUUCUGGGUCAGGUUCAUCAGAGAAGAAAUCAAGCAAUGGAGUGAAUGAGUUGUUGACUUUUAAUGCUGAGAAUAUGCAAAGCAACAUGAAAACCAUAUAUUACAGCCGGACAUUUUUAUCUAUAAUUGGCGGAGUUGUUGCUGGUAUUUUGGGAUUCACAGGCUUGAAAGGAUUUAUCUUUUACGUACUUCUCAUGGCAUUUACUUCAGUCGGGCUCAUAGCCAAAGCAAAAUUUUCAAUCCACACAUACUUUGAUUCGUGGAACCGUGUGCUGAUUGAUGGCUUUCUCGGUGGUCUAAUGAAUGUGCAUGUGUUCAACAUUAUAACUUCCCCUUUUUUGAUCUUAUGCAGUCGUUCGUGCUGUUCUGGACAUUUGCAUAUGACAUUGCUCAUAUAUUUUGACCGCUGGAAUUUGCAAAUGUUUCUAGAGAAGGAGUUAUUUCUCCAUCGUUGCGGCUGUUUAGAAUGAAGUUACAACUUACACCCUUCACUUAUUAGAUAGCUCCAUGAUGUUCCCGUUUUUAAACUAUGUAAACUUUACUUCCAUUAUCUUAUAUGUUCGUUCAUGUAUAAUUUAAUAUAGAACUACAAGUGGGAAGGACUCAAUGUCAAAGGAUGUGGUGUCUAUUGAAUUGUUCUCUAGGAUAUUUUUCUUGAAGUUUACUUUGUGAUAUAGAAUGCAAUUUGGCCAAUUUUAUUUCAUUA